CACCAGCCCCAAAUAUAUUUGAUGGAUAUGUUCUUUCAAUUAAUAGUAAGGACUUCAGUGAGAAGAAAAUGUUACCUUCUGGUGUAAGAAUGUACAAAUUUGAGCAUCUUCUACCAGGCACUGAUUUCUUAAUCAAUAUUGUGACAACCAAUGGAUUAAAAAGAAGUCACCCUACCAUCCUCAAGAUUAACACCUAUCCUGGUCCACCAUUAGAUUUACAGGUAUUUGGACAAGAAGAAAAUACAGUCUAUUUUUCUUGGAAACUACCAAGAGGAGGAUUUGAUAUGUUUCAGCUUUCAUAUUGUCCAAUGAAUAAUGACAAGCUGCUUAUCAGAACUAUUUAUGACAGCAGAGCUGUAGUGCAAAAUCUGGCCCCUGGGACAGAAUAUGUUUUUCAUUUAAGGACAGUUAAAGGCUUGGAUUCCUCUGUGGCUGUGGAGAAAAAAGUCAUCACAAAACCUGCUGGGAUAUGUGGUCUGACAUUAAAAAUGGUAAAUACUUCAUCUGCAACUCUAAUGUGGAAUCCAACCAAGACAAACUUCACUUCUUAUAAAGCAUCUUUAUCAAACGACACCUUUACAAAAAUUUUAAGGAUUCCAGGAACACUGGCUGACUUCACUGUUAUGGACUUGACUGCUGGGGGCAAUUAUAAUUUCACACUGCAAAGAGUGAAAGGAAAUAUUGAAGGAGCUGCUUCUUUCAUUGAAUUUGUAACAGAACCUGCAAAGCCAGAAGGACUUAGAUUCUUCAAUGUUUCAUCAUAUUUUUUUUCACUGUAUUGGAGACUACCAUAUGGACUUGUAGACAGAUUUCAUGUGGAUCUUAUUCCUGACCAUGCUUCUGUUGUUAUCCUAGAUCUUGGAGUUAGGGAGUAUCAAGCUGAUUUUUCUAAUACUAUUCCUGGAACAACAUACAAUGUUACGGUUUCUGCAGUUUCUUCUUCACUUUAUAGUUCACCUGCAAGUAGAACAGUGACAACAAAUGUGACAAAUCCUGGACCCCCUGUGUUCCUUGCAGGUGAAAGAGUGGGCUCUGCUGGGAUUCUGCUGUCAUGGAAUACACCACUGCAUCCAAACGGCAGAAUUCUCUCCUAUAUUGUUAAAUAUAAAGAAGUCUGCCCAUGGAGGCAAACAGCUUAUACACAGGUCACAACAAAACCAGACAGUUUGGAAGUUCUUCUCACCAGUCUUAAUCCUGGAACAACCUACGAAAUUAUGGUUGCUGCUGUGAACAGUGCUGGUAUUGGAGUGUUUAGUGAUCUUUUCCUUUUUCAGACUGCAGAAAGUGCUCCAGGUAAAGUAGUGAAUCUCACAGUUGAAGCCUUGAAUUCUUCAGCUGUAAAUCUGAUCUGGUUUCUCCCUCGGCAACCAAAUGGAAAGAUAACUAGUUUCAAGAUUAGUGUGAAACACGCAAGAAGUGGAAUUGUAGUGAAAGAUGUCUUGGUUAAAGUAGAGGACCUUCUGUCUGGGAGGUUACCAGAAUGUAAUGAUAAGAGUGAAUCAUUUCUGUGGAGUACUACCACUCCUUCAACUACUUUUGGGAAAUCCACAAUUCCUUCACACACUACAGUUGCACCAAAUACAGAGGCACCAAGUCAGAUGAGCUCUGUUUGGAAUGAACCAAUUAGCUAUGUUAUAACUAACCUCAGGCCAUAUACCACCUAUCUUUUUGAAGUUUCUGCAGUUACCACUGAAGCAGGCUACAUUGACAGUGCAAUUGUCCGGACACCAGAAUCAGUUCCAGAAGACCCACCACAAAAUUUUGCCAAGAGCAACAUUACAGCAAAGUCUUUCUCAGUAAUGUGGGACCCCCCAGCCACAGUAACAGGAAAGUUUAGUUACAGAGUUGAGCUGUAUGGACCAUCUGGUCAUAUUCUGGAUAACAGCACAAAAGACCAUAAGUUUGUAUUUAGUAACCUCGUGCCGUUUACAACAUACGAUGUGUACGUCGGUGCUGAAACAAGUGCUGGGGUGGGGCCAAAGACUAACCUUACAGUUUUCACUCCUGCAGAUGUCCCAGGUGCUGUAUCAGAUUUACACUUAGCAGAAGUGGAAGCCACAUACGUAAAAAUUGUUUGGAGGAAGCCACGACAACCAAAUGGAAUCAUUACCCAGUACAGAGUUAAAGUACAUGUGCAGAAAACACUCAUGACUCUGGAAAACGUUAUUCUUGGAGAUAAAAAUAUGUAUUUGAUUGAUGCUUUGGAGCCAUACACAAUAAAUGAAAACAUCAAACCUUCUUCUCCCACUUGGAAUUCAUUGGAAACAACCAAUGAUUUAUAUGAAGGUUCAGCUGAAAUGUUUUCCAGCAUGCAGACAGCUUCUCCAGUAAUAUUUACAAGUGUCUCUGGUGAUAACUUGCCUGCUAUAAAUGGAGUUGCAGAACUGCAUUCUGCUUUGGAUACCAUCAACAUUUUGGCUGAAGAACUGUCAUAUAUUAUAAAGGGCCUCACACCUUUCACAGAUUACACAAUUAGUGUGUCUGCUUUCACUGCUGUUGGAGAAGGACCACCAUCACUUAUUACGGUCAGGACACGUGAACAAGUUCCAAGCUCAGUACAAAAUAUAUCUUACAAGAAUAUUAGUUCUUCCUCUGUUUUGCUGUAUUGGGAUCCUCCAGCAAAUCCCAAUGGGAAAAUCAUUCAUUAUACAGUUUAUGCAAUGGAACUGGAUACGAAAAGAGCAUUCCACACAACAACUUCAAACAACAGCUUACUUAUGACAGGCUUAAAAAAGUACACUGAUUAUAAAAUGAGAGUGGGAGCCUCUACUGUAAUUGGAGAAAGUGCUUUGUCUGAAAAGAAUGAUAUUUUCGUGAGAACCCCUGAAGAUGAACCAGACUCCCCACCUCAAAACAUAGAAUUAAUAAAUGUGAGUGCAACAGAAAUAAAUCUGAGAUGGUUACCACCUGAGCAGCCUAAUGGUCUCAUAACUCACUAUGAAGUUCUGUACAGUGAUUCCAAUGCUUUUUUUAUUAAAAAUGCCUCAUCUACAAGUAUAUCACUAAGUGAAAUGAAGCCAUAUACUCUCUACAACAUUUCUGUAAGAGCAUUCACCAGACUUGGCCAUGGGAACCAGUCGUCUUUCCCACUUCUGAUCAGAACUUCUGAAACUGUUCCUGAUUCUGCACCAGAAAAUAUAACCUAUAGGAACAUCUCAUCCAUGGAAAUUGAAUUAUCAUUUUUUCCACCAUCCAUUCCCAAUGGAAUUAUACAGACCUACACAAUAUAUCUUAAGAGGACUAAUGGGACCGAGCAAAAAGUUAUAAACACUACUCUUCUGACACUACGUAUUACAGAUUUAAAUAAAUAUACCAAAUAUACUGUAGAAGUGUCUGCUAGUACCAGAAUGGGGGAGGGUCUUCGUAGUUCACCUCUGCACAUACUAACUGAUGAAGAUGCUCCGAGUUCUCCUCCACAAUCCCUCUCUGUAAAACAGUUGUUGGGUGUCACUGUGAAGUUGUCAUGGAAACCUCCACUGGAGCCAAAUGGAAUUAUCCUCUAUUACACAGUUUAUGUCUGGAAUAAAAUGUCAGAAAGGAGUGUUAAUGUAACAGAAACAUCACUGGAGUUCACAGACCUAGAAUAUAACAAUGAGUAUAGUGCUUACCUUACAGCGAGUACAAGAUUUGGAGAUGGCAAUAUAAAAAGUGACACUAUAACAUUCAGAACUUCUGAAGGAGCACCAAGUGAUCCACCGAAAGAUGUUGCAUACAGAAACCUUACUUCCACAUCAAUAAUGCUAUUCUGGUCUCCUCCCCAAAAGCCAAAUGGAAAUAUACUGUACUACUCAGUUUAUUUCAAAAAUAAUUCAGGAAUAUUCAUACAGAAUUUCACAACUUAUGGUAAUGACAGCAAUGUCAGUAUGCCCCCGUUUGUAGUUCUGGAUGACUUGGCAAAAUACAGCCAUUAUAUUUUAUGGUUAACUGCAAGCACAGCUUUUGGAGAUGGAAACAAAACCAGUGAAAAAAUAGACGUGUAUACAGAUCAGGAUAUCCCAGAAGGUUUUGUUGAAAAUCUGGUCUAUCAAAACAUUUCCUCAUCUUCUGUGAAUGUAAGCUGGCUUCCACCAUCCCAGCCAAAUGGCUUAGUCUUCUUUCACAUUUGUCUAAAUUUAAUGCAACUAGGAACCAGUAAGAUUUUGUCUUUCCUUACUUACAACACAAGCAUAAUUUUUGACAAUCUGGAGAAAUAUACUGAUUACAUUCUGAAAAUCACACCAGCCACUGAUAAAGGAUCUUCUGAACAGCAUGCUCUAAGUCUGCAUAUAAGAACAGAUGAAGAUGUCCCAGAAUCAGCACCUAUAAUCAAAACAUUUUCAAAUCUCUCCACUACCUCAGUUAUGUUUUCAUGGGACCCUCCUGUUAAGCCAAAUGGUAUCAUAAUAAGUUAUGAUUUAAAUUUAUUUGGACCAGAAAGGAAUAGUUCAUUCUCUACCACCAAUAACUUUAUCGUCUUGGAAGACCUUCUGCCAUUCACCCUGUACAGCAUUUAUGCAGCCGCAAGAACAAUAAAAGGACCUGGUCCAUCUGCUGUGCUUCAGUUCUACACAGAUGAGUCAGUGCCAUUAGCUCCACCCCAGAAUUUGACCAUUAUCAACUAUACUGCAGAUUCCGUGUGGCUAAAAUGGGAUCCAAGUCCCCAGUCAAAUGGUGUUAUUAUGAUAUAUAAUUUUAAGAUUUAUCAAAACAGCACAGAAAAACUGUUUUAUCGGAAUAUUUCAGGUUCAAACCAUGAAGCAAACCUUGUUGGAUUAGAACCAUUCAACUCCUAUUCUAUCAGUAUAUCUGCAUUUACCAAGCUUGGGAAUGGCAAUCAGUUCAGUAAUGCUGUCCAGUUUACAACAAUGGAAUCAGUUCCAGGUGCUGUCCAGAAUGUUCAUUGUAUUGCAAUGAGCUGGCAAUCAAUCCUAGUGCAAUGGGACCCUCCUGCUUCAUCCAAUGGUAUAAUUACGCAUUACAUCAUUACAGUUGAAGGAAAUUCUACGAAUUUUUCAUCUUAUGAUACACUGCAUACUUUUAGAAAUCUGCUUUCCAAUAUGACUUAUCAAAUUAAAAUAAAAGCUGUGACGUCUGCUGGUGAUGGUGAAGAACAGAUAUGCAAUACCAGUACCCUUCCAGAAAAAGUUCCUAGUGCUCCCAGGGAUAUUGUUUUUUCCAAUGUGCAAUCAACAAGUGUGACUUUGAAUUGGAGAACACCAAAAUCUAUCCUUGGCUACUUUCAAAACUACAAGAUUACCACACAGCUACAAUCCAUCCACUGCAGUGACUGGGAAACUAAGGAGUGUGUUGAAUAUGAGAUGCAUCAAUAUUUAUAUGAAAAUGUGAUGAACGACUGGAUAGAAGACACAGUGUAUGGACUGAAAAAAUAUAGAUGGUACAGAUUUGCAGUUGCUGCCAGUACGAAUGUUGGUUAUGGCAGUUCUUCACCUUGGAUUUCAACACAAACACUUCCUGGCUCUCCAGAUGGUCCUCCAGAAAACGUGACUGUUUUAGCUACGUCUCCUCACAGUAUUAAUAUCACCUGGAGUGAACCUGCCAUCAUCACAGGACCAACAUGCUACCUCAUAGACGUUACCUCAGUAGAUAAUGGCAACUAUAAAGCUCAGUUUUUUAAGACAAAUGAUGAGGGUAAAGUCUUAGAAAUUUCUGAUUUAAAAGCAUUUACAAGGUAUUCUGUAGUAAUCAUUGCCUUUACGGGGGAUGUUAACGCUGCGCUCCUAGAAGGGAAGGCUAGUUCUCCAGUGAUUGUCUCCACCUUUGAAGCAGUGCCUGAAGACCCACCUAACAACAUAACUUUUCAGAAGAUACCAGAUGAAGUAACAAAGUUCCAAGUAACAUUUGUGCCACCAUCUGAACCAAAUGGAAAUAUCCAAGUGUAUCAAGCUGUGGUUUACAAUGAAGAUGAUCCCGCUGCCAUCCAGAUCCACAACCUUAGUGUCAUUGAAACAAAAGAUCAGUCAGUCACUGCCAUGAUAGAAGGACUAAAAGGAGGAAAUACCUAUAAUGUCAGCGUGUAUGCAAUUAAUGGUGCUGGUGCAGGGCCGAAAAUUCAAUUGAAAAUAACCAUGGAUAUCAAAGAACCACCAAGACCUAAAAUGAAACCAGUACCAGUUUAUGAUACUAAUGGGGCAUUACUCGUCACAGCUACAACAAUUGCAAUCAAAAUGCCAAUAUGUUAUUACAGUGAUGAUCAUGGCCCCAUCAAGAAAAUACAAGUUCUUGUUGUGGAAGCUGGAGCUCAACAUGAUGGGAAUGUUACUAAGUGGUAUGAUGCCUACUUCAACAGACCAAGGCCAUAUUUUACAAAUGAAGGCUUUCCAAACCCACCAUGUGUAGAAGGAAAAGAAGUUCUGAGUGGGAAAGAAGAGAUAUAUGUCAUAGGUGCUGAUACUACAUGUAUGAUACCAGAUAAAAUAUGUAAUGGCCCACUGAAACCAAGAAAGCAGUACCUAUUUAAGUUCAGAGCAACUAACAUUAAAGGACAGUUUACAGAUUCUGACUAUUCUGACCCUAUCAAAACAUUAGGUGAAGGACUAACUGGAAGAUCUGUAGAAGUUAUCCUUGCUGUUACUCUGUGUAUACUUUCAAUUGUUCUUUUGGUGGCUGCAGCAUAUGCUUUUGCAAGAAUUCGGCAAAAGCAAAAAGAGGGAGGCACAUACUCCCCACGAGAUGCUGAAAUUAUUGACACUAAGUUCAAACUGGAUCAGCUGAUCACAGUGGCAGACCUGGAGCUGAAGGAUGAGAGAUUUACACGGUUACUUAGUUAUAGAAAAUCCAUCAAGCCAAUAAGCAAGAAAUCCUUUCUACAGCAUGUUGAGGAGCUUUGUACAAACAACAACCUAAAGUUUCAGGAAGAAUUUUCGGAACUUCCCAAGUUUCUUGAAGACCUUGCUUCAACUGAUGCUGAUCUGCCUUGGAACAGGUCUAAGAAUCGUUUCCCAAACAUAAAGCCAUAUAAUAACAACAGAGUAAAGCUGAUGCCUGAUGCUGGUAUUCCUGGAUCUGACUACAUUAAUGCCAGCUAUGUGUCUGGUUAUUUAUGCCCAAAUGAGUUUAUUGCAACUCAGGGACCAUUACCAGGAACGGUGGGCGAUUUCUGGAGAAUGGUGUGGGAGACAAGAGCUAAAACACUUGUGAUGCUUACACAGUGUUUUGAAAAAGGACGUAUAAGAUGUCAUCAGUACUGGCCAGAAGAUAAUAAACCAGUGACUGUUUUUGGGGAUAUAGUGAUUACUAAAUUGAUGGAAGAUGUUCAAAUAGACUGGACCAUCAGAGAUCUAAAAAUUGAAAGGCAUGGAGACUGUAUGACUGUACGGCAGUGCAACUUUACUUCUUGGCCAGAACACGGAGUCCCUGAAACAACUGCACCAAUUAUCCAUUUUGUAAAACUUAUCCGUGCAAGUCGGGCACAUGAUAACACACCAAUGGUGGUUCACUGCAGUGCUGGUGUUGGAAGAACAGGUGUUUAUAUUGCACUUGACCAUUUAACCCAACACAUAAAUGACCAUGAUUUUGUGGAUAUUUAUGGACUUGUAGCUGAGCUAAGAAGUGAAAGAAUGUGUAUGGUACAGAACCUGGCACAAUAUAUAUUUUUACAUCAAUGUGUAUUGGAUCUGUUGGCAAGCAAGGGAAGUAGUCAGCCCAUAUGUUUUGUAAAUUAUUCAGCACUGCAAAAGAUGGACUCUCUGGAUGCCAUGGAAGGUGAUGUGGAGCUUGAAUGGGAAGAAACUACUAUGUAAAUACUAGGAGUAAAUAUGAAAGAAAAUGAGAUUUUGAAAGUCAAAGUCAUAUUUUUCUAAGCACAGGGGCCAAAGUGAAUUCCCCUAUUUCGAUGAUUAAAGCAAGCAUCUUCUCUUCUAUCAAUGUGCCUUCAGAAAUAAGUUUAAGUAUUUUAUUCAGAACACUGAGCAACAGUGAUUUGUAGUACCUUUGCACAGACUGCACUUCUGGUGUUAUAUGAAUAGUGCACCCAGUAUGUGUUUAAGUAUAAAGUGUGUUUGAACAUAUUCCUUUUUGUCUGAUUAUCUUUGUAAAAGAAAAAUGAGCCAAAUAAGAUGUAAAAAUUUCAUAUUUCCAUUGAACUUUUUUUGGUGUGAAUUUGCUGUGUUCUGUGUGUUUUGGUUUUAAGUAAAAGCUACAGUUUCUUGAAUCAUUCUUGCUAGAUUGGCUUCAGUGUUGUCAGUUCUUGCAGAUUAAUUCCAAUACCAUCACAAUGAUCUUUACAUAGCUGUAUGCUCUUGUGUUUUGAAUAUUUUUUUUACAAGUGGUAGCACAUCAGCUCAUGAUCCUGAACAGCUGAAGAGUCACCUUCUGACUUGGAAAGGAUUAUUCAACUCUUACACAGCACACAGUAGCUCUUCAGGGACACUUGGGGCUAUUUAAGCUAUUUAAUAAUCAGCAGGUUGUUUUUUUUAAUAUAUA